AUAUCUGCGUUGAGACUUGCCUCAGCAGUAGUUAUACUAGCCGCAAUGCUUCGUGUUCUUGACCUUUUUAGAGUCUUCCCCUCCAAAAUGGCGACGUCGUCCAGUCCCCAUACUGCGACCGUUGUUGCUCACCCAGUUGUCACGGAUCUCGCCGUAUGCAUCUUCUCCCCGACAGUUCCUCCUUCCACCUGCGAACUGGACCCACGAAUAUGGCGCCGCAUAGAGAAAGAGCUCUACCUACAUACAUCUCAGCAGAGUGCAUGGCUAUAUAUAAAGCUAGCGAAUGAGGAAGACCUUGCAGCUGAGGAUCUGGUGGUUACGGAUAUCAUAGUCAGCGAGCUGCCUCCUAGCCCUAGCUCAGGUCAUCCUUGGGAGAGUCAACCUGGUGGAAUCUGGGUGCUGAAAAGCAAAUUUUCUGGCGCGAUUGAUCAGGCUGUGACCGAGGUGGACGUUCUCUUUGGUGUGGAUGCCGUUGACCCACGACCACAACAGGCUCUCAUGGAGUCACCAUUGCAACUUCAAGCUCAGCCAGAGUUACCGGUUGCAAGACUAAGCGUCCGCCGGGGCAGGGCCAAGCCGCGACCAGAUCAGCCGACAUUGAGAGUCGGGGCGGAUGGCAAAUUCAAGAUUCUCCUGAUCUCUGACACGCACAUGCGCACUGGUGUCGGGGUAUGCGAAGAUGCUAUUGAUGCCGAUGGGAAGAAUCUACUAGAGAGCGAGGCUGAUCCACGUACGGUGGGCUUCAUUGGAAAGAUCUUGGAUGUUGAGAAACCAGACCUUGUAGUUCUCACUGGAGAUCAAGUGCACCACGACAUCUACGACACCCAGUCUGCCCUUUUUAAGGUAGUUGUUCCUAUGAUUGAGCGUUCAAUCCCAUGGGUAGCCGUCUUUGGCAAUCAUGAUAGCGAGGGUCCGUACGCAUUAUCACGCAUGGAACAAAUGUCAAUACUUCAGGAUCUGCCAUUUAGCCUCUGCGAGUCAGGCCCAGAAGAGGUCGACGGCAUAGGCAAUUUCUACCUUCAGGUCCUGCCUCUCGCCUCCGCCCCAUCACAGCUCCCGUUAUCGACUUUAUAUUUCCUGGAUUCGCACGGUCAAAUACCGAGCAUAAUACGCCCCGACUAUGACCCUAUCAAGCAGAGCCAAAUUGACUGGUUUUCAAAGACUUCCCAAGCGCUACGAAGGACGCGUAAGGACGACGAUAAUAACAACCCCUCUCAUCUGGCUAUGGUUUUCCAACACAUCCCUCUUCCCGAGUUCGGAUAUCGUAGUCUUCGUAUUUACAAAGGCCACCGGAGGGAACCGACUGAGGGCCCUAGAUCCAAUUCCGGUUUCUAUAAAAUCUUAGUCAAGGAACGCAUAUCAGGAUUAUUCUGCGGGCACGAUCACGUGAAUAACUUUUGCGCUCUGCUGCCACGACAAACGCAGCAGGAUGGCGAUAAAGCCCCCCAGUUUGGCCCUUGGCUAUGUCAUACAGGUUGCACUGGGUUCGGGGGUUAUUGUUCGUAUGGCAAAGAGCGAUUUUACAGAGGAGCUCGGGUUUUGGAACUCGAUCCAAGUACCGGGAGCUUGAAGACUUGGCAGCGGGUCGAAUUUGCGAUGGACAGAGUUGAUGAGCUUGUGCUUGUAGACAGUGGAGCGGUGGUUAAUCCCCUAGAGAAGAAGAUAAAGGAAGCUGUGUAG